AUGGAUACUAAACUACCAGAAUUUAAGGCUACUGCUGUUGAGCAGAUCGAGGGUAUUCACAAGCGUCUCUACGACACGUUCCACUCGCAAAAGACCAAGCCGUUGAGCUGGCGCGUAACACAGCUUCGCAAAUUAUGGUGGGCCAUCAAGGAUAGAGAGCAGCAGCUUGGUGAAGCUCUGCAACGCGAUCUGGGUAGACCUUUCUACGAGGCCUACUUGACUGAGAUUGGUUGGGUACUCAACGACAUCAUCUUUGUCGUCAGCAACAUCGAAAAAUGGGCAAAGGAGGAGGGUGCCGCCGAUGUCCCUUUUACCUUCAAGGCAAUGCGACCGCGUGUUCGCAAGGAGCCAUUGGGUGUUGUUCUGGUUCUUGGUGCCUUUAACUUCCCUGUCCAGCUCUCUCUCGGUCCUGUGAUUGGCGCCAUCGCAGCUGGCUGUACCGUCGUCCUCAAGCCAUCCGAAGGCUCGCCCUAUACCGCUGCUCUCUUGCAAGAAAUCAUGGAAGCCUCGCUCGACCCCGAAGCCUUCGUCUGCGUGCAAGGCGCCAUACCCGAGAGCACUGCCCUGCUAGAGCGCAAGUGGGACAAGAUCUUCUACACAGGGUCUCCCACCGUCGGCAAGAUCAUCGCGAAGAAAGGAGCAGAGACCUUGACUCCCGUCACACUCGAGCUUGGUGGUCGCAACCCUGCCAUCAUCACAAAGAACGCAGAUCCUCGUCUUGCUGCCAGACGCCUGCUAUGGGCCAAAGGUCUGAACGCCGGUCAGGUCUGCGUCAGUCAAAACUACAUCUUGGUCGACAAGGAUGUUCUGCCUUUCUUGGUCAAGGAGCUCAAGACUGCCAUCAAAGAAUUCUACCCCGAGGGCCCUAAGGAGAGCAAGGACUAUGGUCGCAUUGUCAACUCUCGUUCAUUCGACCGUUUGAAGAAGAUGCUUGACUCGAGCGAGGGCGAGAUCUUGCAUGGCGGCGAGAUGGAUGCAGAGACCAAAUAUAUCGCUCCCACCAUCGUCCGUGUCUCAUCAACCUCCGACUCCCUCGUUGCCGACGAGUCAUUCGGACCUUUCAUCCCUCUUCUCCCCGUCGACAAUCUAGACGAAGCCAUCCGUAUCGCCAACCAAGUCGAUAGCACACCCCUCGGUCUCUACGCCUUCGGUAGCAAAACCGACACUAAUCGCAUCCUCUCCGAGACCCGAAGUGGCGGCGCCAGUCUCAAUGACGGCUUCACCCACGCGUCCCUGCCCACCGUCGAGUUCGGCGGUGUUGGCGACAGUGGUGCUGGUUGCUAUCGCGGUAAAGCCUCUUUUGACUGCUUCACCCACCGUCGCGUCGUCACAAAUACACCUGCGUGGAUCGAAAGCCUGCUCAGUGUUAGAUACCCACCGUACAAGGGCAAGCUCGCACAAUACAAGCGCAUGAAUGACUUUGCACCCAACUUUGAUCGUCAAGGUAAAAUUGUGAGCUAUGGGUUUAUUGGGAAGAUCUUGGCGCUUGGAGGUGCGAGUCUUGGUCAAGGCGUCAAGAGAUGGCUUGUUCUCGUUCUCCUUGCUUACGGAAUCAAGUAUGGGCAAUCGCUCGGUCUGCAGGAGAGACUCAAGCGAACCUGA